ACGUGCAUCAAUUCCUCUUUGACCCCAGAGUUAAUCUGCAUUCAGAUUUAGAUUGACGCUCCAAUAUAUUUCUCAGUUGCUGGAUUUUAGGCUAUUCCGUUGCCGCUGCAUUUAUGUAGUUGUUACUGUUAUUUCUUAAAGUCCGGGAAGCUUGAUUAGAUUCAAUCGGUUUUGUGUCCGUUUUGCUCAACACCGCAGAGGGUCUACAUUUUCCGAACCGAACGCUAACACAAGUUGUUUAGCCUAUGCUAUGUGCGUGAUGUACCACAGUGAGGAUAGACAGUAGUCCAUCUGCAAUAAAGACGAAAAGAAGAUGGUGAUCAUUGCUCCUCCAAAUGUAGCAUCUAAAUGCUCGAAAGCGAUGGCGAAGCCUUUCUUCUCUCUAAAGCUAUUUCUUUGGGUGUUUUUACUCGCUAAUCUUCCUACAAGAUCCCUCCAGACUGAAAAUGACGAUGAUGUGACAAACAAAACGUGGGUGUUGACUCCCAAAGUGUACGAGAGCGAUGUCACCAACAUCCUAAACAGCCUACUAGAUGGCUACGAUAACAAACUGCGACCAGAUAUAGGAGUAAAACCAACCGUGAUCCACACUGACAUGUUUGUCAACAGUAUUGGCCCAGUGAAUGCUAUCAAUAUGGAGUACACCAUCGACAUAUUUUUUGCCCAGACGUGGUAUGACCGGAGGUUAAAGUUCAACAGUACCAUGAAGGUCUUGCGUCUCAACAGCAACAUGGUGGGCAAGAUCUGGAUCCCUGACACCUUCUUCCGCAACUCCAAGAAGGCCGACGCCCACUGGAUCACCACACCCAAUCGUAUGCUCCGGAUCUGGAACGAUGGACGGAUACUCUACACACUGCGGUUGACUAUUGAUGCCGAGUGCCAGCUUAAACUGAACAACUUCCCAAUGGAUGAGCACUCCUGUCCGCUGGAGUUUUCCAGCUAUGGCUACCCCAGAGAGGAGAUAGUGUACAAGUGGAAGAGAAGCUCCGUGGAGGUGGGAGACAUCCGCUCCUGGAGGCUCUACCAGUUCUCCUUCGUUGGCCUGAGGAAUACCAGCGAGAUUGUCAGGACUGUGUCAGGAGAUUACGUUGUGCUGACAGUCUUCUUCGACUUGAGCAGAAGGAUGGGUUACUUCACCAUUCAGACCUACAUCCCCUGCACUCUCAUCGUUGUUCUCUCCUGGGUCUCCUUCUGGAUCAACAAGGAUGCUGUGCCUGCUAGAACAUCCUUAGGCAUCACCACUGUGCUGACCAUGACUACGCUGAGUACCAUAGCCAGGAAGUCGCUGCCUAAGGUGUCCUACGUGACGGCCAUGGACCUCUUUGUGUCCGUAUGCUUCAUCUUCGUCUUUGCCGCGCUGAUAGAAUACGGAACACUGCACUACUUUGUAAGCAACAGGAAGCCAAGCACAAAAAAGGACAAGAAGAAGAAAAACCCGCUCCUCCGGCUAUUUUCCUCAAAGACCCCUACGGUGGACAUACGCCCUCGCUCAGCCACCGCCAUCCAGAUGAACAACGCCACCCACAUGCAGGAGCGGGAUGAGGAGUAUGGCUACGAGUGCCUGGACGGCAAGGACUGCACCAGCUUCUUCUGCUGUUUCGAGGACUGCCGCUCUGGGGCCUGGCGGCAUGGGCGGUUGCACAUCCGUGUCGCCAAGAUAGACUCGUACGCUCGCAUCGGUUUCCCCACCGCUUUCGGUCUCUUUAACCUGGUUUACUGGAUCUCCUAUCUCUAUCUCUAGAUCCAGCGUGUAGCCAGACGUAGAAUAUACGUUCUGCUCCAACAAGACCAUUUUUAAGAAGGGGACCCACUGAAAUGUUUUCCUUUUAUUUUUGUUUCUCUUUUAUUUCAUUAUUUGAUCAUUCAUAUUUUUUAAAGCAAAAGUUGUAGCAAACCCAAUAGGCAUGCAGGGAUCUGGAGUCUGAUAGUGGAACUACGACUGUGCUUUGUGUAAGCAAGAACCUAAGCUCACCAUAGUGAUUCUGCAUGACUACGUUUCCCAGAUUCCCCUUGGUCAGGUAUUGGUUUAUGUAGAAGUUAUUCAAUAUCAGGGCCGCUUCAAUGUUUUAUUUGUAUUUGCCCUUAGUCAGCAUAUUAGAUCACAGUUUUUUUGUAUGAACAAGUUACGCAUGCAUGUGCUACACAAGACAAAUGGCAGAUAUGUCAGAUAUGACAUCAGCUUAUUUUUAUUUAUCGCUAUAUUCAUCCAUCCAAAAUACAAAAAGCACUUUAAUAGUUAUAUAGGUUGAACAGUAAGUAUGAUUUUACAUUUUACUUUGAUGUUUCUUUUAGCUAACUGUUAAACAUUACUUUAGCAGUGUUAAACAUGACUUUAGCAGUGUUAAACAUGACUUUAGCAGUGUUAAACAUGACUUUAGCAGUGUUAAACAUGACUUUAGCAGUGUUAAACAUGACUUUAGCAGUGUUAAACAUGACUUUAGUAGUGUUAAACAUGACUUUAGCAGUGUUAAACAUGACUUUAGCAGUGUUAAACAUGACUUUAGCAGUGUUAAACAUGACUUUAGUAGUGUUAAACAUGACUUUAGCAGUGUUAAACAUGACUUUAGCAGUGUUAAACAUUACUUUAGCAGUGUUAAACAUGACUUUAGUAGUGUUAAACAUUACUUUAGCAGUGUUAAACAUGACUUUAGCAGUGUUAAACAUUACUUUAGCAGUGUUAAACAUGACUUUAGCAGUGUUAAAACAUUACUUUAGCAGUGUUAAACAUGACUUUAGCAGUGUUAAACAUGACUUUAGCAGUGUUAAACAUUACUUUAGCAGUGUUAAACAUGACUUUAGCAGUGUUAAACAUGACUUUAGCAGUGUUAAAACAUUACUUUAGCAGUGUUAAACAUGACUUUAGCAGUGUUAAACAUGACUUUAGCAGUGUUAAACAUUACUUUAGCGAUGUUAAACAUGACUUUAGCAGUGUUAAACAUGACUUUAACAGUGUUAAACAUUACUUUAGCAGUGUUAAACAUUACUUUAGCAGUGUUAAACAUGACUUUAGCAGUGUUAAACAUGACUUUAACAGUGUUAAACAUGACUUUAACAGUGUUAAACAUGACUUUAACAGUGUUAAACAUGACUUUAGCAGUGUUAAACAUUACUUUAGCGAUGUUAAACAUGACUUUAGCAGUGUUAAACAUGACUUUAACAGUGUUAAACAUUACUUUAGCAGUGUUAAACAUUACUUUAGCAGUGUUAAACAUGACUUUAGCAGUGUUAAACAUGACUUUAACAGUGUUAAACAUGACUUUAACAGUGUUAAACAUGACUUUAGCAGUGUUAAACAUGACUUUAGCAGUGUUAAACAUGACUUUAGCAGUGUUAGACAUGACUUUAGCAGUGUUAAACAUGACUUUAGCAGUGGUAAACAUGACUUUAGCAGUGUUAGACAUGACUUUAGCAGUGUUAAACAUUACUUUAGCAGUGUUAAACAUGACUUUAGCAGUGUUAAACAUUACUUUAGCAGUGUUAAACAUUACUUUAGCGAUGUUAAACAUGACUUUAGCAGUGUUAAACAUGACUUUAGCAGUGUUAAACAUUACUUUAGCAGUGUUAAACAUGACGUUAGCAGUGUUAAACAUGACUUUAGCAGUGUUGAACGUGACUGUAGCAGUGUUAAACAUUACUUUAGCAGUGUUGAACGUGACUUUAGCAGUGUUAAACAUGACUUUAGCAGUGUUAAACAUGACUUUAGCAGUGUUGAACGUGACUUUUUUUCAUGUGUGGUCAGAGCGCUAGAAAAGACUGUUUAUGGUCGACUGUACAGACACUGUGUAUAUAUGUUAUUAUGUAGUGGUUUACAUUUAUUGCAUGCACCUUUCUGGCCAAAAUUCAACACGUUUUAAGGUAUUCUAUUGUUGGCUAUGGAUGCAAAAAAAGAACACGGCUGAUUAUUCAUCUUUUUUUGAGGAAAAGUAGAAAAUUAGACAAAAAUACUUUCAGAUGUUGACUUCUAAGUUCAUGUUCAUCUCCACCAAUAUGUAUUAAAACAGGAUCAAUACAGACCUUACAGGCAAAAAAAAACGUUAUAUCAACUUUUAUGAACGUAUAGUGAUCUGAGAACCUAAUCUUCCUUUUCAAACACUUCAAUUGACACAGGUGUGGCUGUGCUGGCUCCUAUGGGAAGUGUGUAGAUAAGAAAUAGGCAUCAAAAUCAUCCAACAAAUAUUCUGCUCCUUUUUCUCCCCGACAACCACUUGGUAGACGUGAGUAUUACACAAACACAGCAAGCAGUGUUUUACUUCAUUCAGCUGGCACGUUGAGUGUCUACACUGGAAGCGGCUGUAGUUCUGAAUGCCUACACCCAUCAAAAUGCCCAAACUCUCAGUGACAGAAAACACACUCCCAUUUGCCAUAAGACUGAACAGCAUUGCUUAGUCACUGCAUUAAAACAGAUCAAUCUGUCUCAAUGGGUGGUUUAGGGGGACUUAAGGCAAAAAAACAAACUAUUUAACUGGAGGAAUAUUGCUGAACUUGACAGCUCCGUGGAGAAGAAAGCAUCUGCUUGUGACCAGACCAGAUGCAUAAGCCUUACUCUCUUUGAAGAGAAACACUGUGGAAAUUACAAUGAUCUGACGCUGAAAACAUAUUUAAAGAUCUGGGAGAAGUUCAGGAAUUCAUUCUGGUUUGUUUUGUUGUUGUUUUUUCCAGUGUUUAUGAUGCAUCAUUAAAUCAUUCAUGUGUCAGUACGACAUUACUCAUGUACUGUAUAGUGUAGCACAUUGUGAACGUCAAAAUAAGUACUCAAACUGCUUUGAGUAGUAAUGUGCUUCACAUCAUACGGUACAGAGGUCUUACAAUGCAACUUGAGGGAUAUUUAUAUACCCAAAUCAUAGCCAACCGUUUCCAAACGAGUACCUUAGGCAAAGGCAGCCCAAGGAUGUUAAAGAGCAGUGCUUGAAUCGAAAUAAAUAAGUCAUUAUGCAUAUUGUAAGUCACAUGAUAUUAUGUACAUAGUCGAUCACAAAAGGAAACACUUAACAAACCCUUACAUUUUUGAAUGGGGAACUUAUUGGUUUGUUGUCUUUCCUUCAUUUAACCCUUUUCAUUUAUAUCAUUAUAUUAUGCUUGAACCUGUGGGAUAUUGGGGGGUAUUUUUCAAGGAAAUUGUACUUCCCUAUUUUAGAUGGCCCUUAACAAAACAGAGAUGGAGAAUGUCAUUUGUCAACAACGAGACACACUUUCGUUCUAUGUAGAAAUUAAUUUAUCGUGUUGUAGUUGUAUUAUUUUCCAUGUUGUGGUCUACAUAGGCGUUAAAGACCAGUUAUAGUCUGUUCAUUGAAUGUUAUGGCUAAAAAGGUAGGUGGCAAAGUUACUUAUUAACCAGCCUCAAUUGAAAAUAUAUUUUCAGACAUUUUACUGUGAUGUUAGCUACUCCCUGAGGUACUGAACAGAUGUGCUACUCUAGAGUGAUCUUCAGAGUUUCUGAAUUAACUGUACUACUAAUGUUAGUUGAAUGAAGUGGAAACUGAAGCGCUUUCAUUCACUAGUGGUCCUAUAUAUUGUACCUGUUGAGAAGCUAUCACUCAGUAACAGGGUGUGUCUUAAGCAUGUAUGUUGUUUUUUGCACUUCUUGAAAAGAAAGGAAUUUAUUUUUUGGGCCACUUGAUAGUUUACUUAAGGUCCAAUGCAGCCUAUUUCUGGGUAACAAUUAAGAACCUUACUGUGAUAGUUUUUUCAAAAAUGAACAAAAAUAGCUUCUUAGCGAAGAGCAAUUUCUCGAGCAAGAAUUUUGCUAGGACCUUCUGGGAGUGGUCUGAAAACUAUCUGUGAAUGGCGGAGAGGUUUGGAACUCUCUUAUUUACAUUUUAGUAACUUAGGAGACGCUCUUAUCCAGAGCAACUUACAGGAGCAAUUAGGGUUAAUUGCCUUGCUCAAGGGAACAUCGACAGAUUUUUCACUUAGUCAGCUCAGGGAUUUGAAUCAGCAAGCUUUUGGUUGCUGGCACAACGCUUGUAACUGCUAGGCUACUUGAUGUCACCAGGCAGGCCAAAACUGAAAUUACAGGUGGUCUUUUCAAACAGCUCUUACACUAAAAGGGCAUUAUCAUAAUUUUCUCAAUUUUACAGUAUUAUUCCAACCUCAUAGUCUGAAAAUGUAUUUUUUUUAAACAAAACAUUUUAGACUGCACUGGGCCUUUAAUAUGUAGUGUUUACUUCUUUUAAAAUGUAAAGGAAUGAAAGGUUAUGGAAGAACAACUAAGUGCCAAACUUUGACACAAAUGUGAUAUAUCCUUUCAGAAACCCAUAGUAUCCAAUGAUCUCUAAAUCGAAAUGAACUGUUUUGCUGCACUGGAAUUUUUGGAAAUAAUGUGUGAACGAGAAAAACCCGUUUUGUGUUCUUAGAGAAAAUAUAUUUAACACCAUUUUUAUAUCAUUUACUAUUGACACAUACAGCAUGAAAAUAUGACAAACAUGUGACUUUUAUUUGCAUAUCUUUAACAUUUUCUCAUGGUCUAUUGCUUAUGAACAAAUAUCCAGGCACAAGGACUGGUGCUUGUGCCUAGCUUUAGCUUUAUCUAAAUGUCUCCUUCUUUCAGCACACUUUCAUAAAUUCAAGUUUCACCAAUGAAAAGAGAAUGAGUUAUCAUAAGGCAUUAUGUUUUGUUUGUUUAUAUGAAGGACUGAGUGCAGUCAUAAAGUAGAGAUGUUUUAAACUGAGGAAGUAGUUACUGAGGUAUCAAGCCAACCAGUCAUUAGAGCUUGAGAGGUCAUGUUAUUGAACGGCGAUGGCAUAUAAAAUCUGAUUAUUAUCAACUAUUUAAAUAUUACUUUACUAUAACCACAAAAAAAACAUUAUUUUGUAUUUUUGUGAUUUCUUGAUUUUCUUGUGCUAGUUUACAGUAUGGUACAUACAGUUGUAUAAACUGUUGAAGGUUUUGGAAGUCUGCUGGUACUUGCAAAGAUAUCAUAAAAUAUACAGUAUUUGCACAAGAUAUAUAGGUCAAUCACAAAGAUGACUAUAUUUGACAUUUAUUAAGUAAUGUGGUAUCAAUCAGCUUAAUUUGGCCUCAUGCCUUGCCUCUGUCUAUUCCACCAUCACAUUUAUGUUAGCUGAAGACUCAACAAUCACGGAAGACAGAGUUAUUUUAUUUUGGGCAAACUAUAAAUAAGACCCAUGUGAAGAUCACAUGUCGAUCAUUUAUAUUGUUAUAUAUUUUGUCAGACUGGGAAAAACAAUAAAAUAUACCACACCAUCAUUGCUGUAUUGGGUUCCAAAAACAAAAUAAAUAUAUUAUAAAUUCCAUUGAUAUGUUAGACGUUUGCCAUCUCUAUAUAUUUCUUGAGGAUAUUGAUGAAUUAUUCUUGGGGUCUGCAUAAUACACUAAAUGUACUGAAAAUAUCCUUUUCAUAAGGGAUUUGCACACAGCUGUGUGAAUUUUAUAAUAAAAUUAUUGCAUUUA